AUGGUUCUAAAUGUUCAACAGGUGGUGGAGGGGGCAAGCACCUCAUCUGAUCCUUUCAUCCCUCCUGGUUUUGAAAAUCAAAAUAGAUUUCAUGCCUUUGAAAAAGAGGAGGCGGUUGCAACAUCCCAUUUAGUUUUGGAAGACUCCGAUGCAAGCAUCACUAAACCGUCGUCGUCUGAACCAACUAUAAAAUCUAGUAAAAAACUGGGGAUAAAAGCUAAAGUAACAGAUAAAGUGCAUAGUUCAAAGACUAAAGAGGAUGAGGAGGUUGAAACUUCUAAACUAGUUGUCUGUGAUUCUGAGGUAAGUACAUUCCAGUCAUCUUUGUCUGAACCUAUUUUUGGUUUGAAAAGAUCCGUGAGCUCCAAAACCAAAGUUACGGGUCUCUUUCUUGUCGGUUCUUUGAAUUUGAAAGUUAAAGGUAUGCCGAAAUCCUUCAGUGAUCCCAAUCAAAUUUCAGCGGUAGACCUCGCAGAGCUUGGCACCAUGAUGGGGAUGGGUUUUCCUUCUUCAAGGGAGCAUCGUCAAGAUAUGUUUAAAGGUCUUGAGGAUAAUCAUAAAGAUCUUAGAGAGUUGCAGGAUUCUUCUUUUUCUUCAACAAUGGUAACGACAGGGGAUGAAGUAAUCAGUCAAGAGAUGACCCAGCUGAUGACUGAUGUUUUAUAUGCUGCACCACCUUCAACAUUGUUAGAGGAGGCUGAAUUACUAAAAAAGUGCAAACGGGCUAUCGAUGCUGUGCAGAAACUCGAGAUAGCACUUUCCUGGCAGGUAUGCUUUGCCUAUAUUCACAAAAGAAUGGGACGGCCUCUAGAGGAACAAAAGCUCGUGAAACUCGCGAUGGAUGUUGCUGAUAAGUUGGCCAAAGAUCCAGAUGAUACUUUCAAUGGAUUAGUGCAUUAUCUUUUUAACUGUAUAGGUUAUGGUGUUGAUGUCUUAGCUGCCUGCUAUACACGGCUUCUUAAUGAGAAAGAGGAAGAGAAGAAAAAGAAAGAGAAAGACAAGGUUAAUGAGACAGAGAAUGAGAAAGACAAGGACAUUGAGCUCCUGUUAUUGCGUCUCUUCAGAUGCAUAUUGCGUAGGAUUUCCCAAACAAAUGAAGAAUUAGCAAAGUAUAGACUAUGGGAGGCUUGUAGUUAUAUUCAACAGGUACCAAGAGAGGCGGCACUACUUAAACCUCAUGAGAGAACAAGACAGUUGGAAUCAACAGAUGAGUCACUACUUAAACUAGCAAAAGCCUGUUUUGAAGAGUCGUCUAAGAAAAUUGAACUGAAGGAACCGGAUGCCCUUCUCUUCAUUUCGAUGCUAGAAAAUCUGGAGGAAUAUAGCGAUGCGCUUAAAAUCCUCAAAAAGUUGCCACCUAAAGAUGAGACGCAACGCAUAAAGGGACGGCUUCUUGCUCUUCAAAAGAAUUAUUCUGAUGCUACUGCGGUCUUUCAGGGGUUACUCGAGAAGGGCACUAAUGAUUGGAAGUGCUUCUUAGACUAUCUGGACAGUUUGUUGGAGGAUGCCAGCAGGUGGUCUACUAGGACCGAAGAUGAUCAAGCUCUUCCAAGACCUUUGUCUAGAGAAAAAUUAGAAACUGCAUCCGCUUUUGUGAAAAAAUUGCAGCAGUCGACUGUCCCUUACUGGGCAGAUAUCGAAAUUGAGUUCAGGAAAUCAUUUCUCGACGGGGUUAUUAGGCAUGAUGGGAUGCAGUUGCCUAUUUGCAAGUACUUUGACAGAUUCGGUCACUUGCCUACCUUCAUCUCUGAUAUUGAGAAGUUCCUCGAAGUCUUGGUCCUGGAAGAAAGGAGAACAUUAUGUGGGUGUCUUCAAACAUAUCUUGGGGAGGAUAAUGACGAGUCGCGUAGUAUUCUGAAAAGGAUUACCUUCUCUGGCAUUGAAGAAUGGUUUGGGUUCCCGUUUGAGUUAUCUAUCAAGGAUAUUGCAACAAGAAAUUUAAAGAUAGGAGAUACGUAUGUUAAAAAUCUUCAAUACAAAGAGUACCUGGAUUUCAGGGAGGGACAAGAUCUCUACAUGGCAUGUAAUGCGCUGGUGCAGUUGUUCUGGCGCACCAAGAAUGUUGGUUACCUGGUGGAAGCAAUCAUGGUUCUGGAAUUCGGCUCAGAAGAACCACAGAUCCUGUUGGCAGUUCACAACUUCAUUGAUGCACUUAUACACUUACAUCGGCGCACUACCUUUGGCCCUUGAAAGGUACCAAGCCCUGAAUGUAAAUAACAUCCUAUGGGAAACAUUCUGGGAGCAUAUAAUGCCAGGAAUGUUGGCGUCACCACAUUUGGAAGAUUUAGGUGGCGUCUUACGCCUUUAUUCAGGUUUUAUGGAUCACCAUCUUUCUGAUGUACGGGAACGCACCUUUGACGCGUACGCCACUGGUGAUCACGCACUUGCAAUCAAGUUGGGUUAUUUCACGAGGCGGCUUAAGACAUCUCAUCAGUAUGUGAUAUCAGAAGUUGAAAGCAUGGUAUUAGAGGUGAAGCACUCAGUAGAAAAGUUUGGGAAACUAAAGGAGAUGAAGUCCUGGAGUGAAGAACUCCAGAAGCAGUUUAUUGAAAAAGCAAAUCUGUGACUUUGAACGAUGACCCACGAUCAAGACCUUGGUGGACACCCACUCCUAAUGUUAAUCACCUUAAAGGGACAUUUGAUGGUGAAAAUGUGGUUUACAAAAAUCGAAAAAUGCAGUGUGAAUCGUUAAGGAAAAGUUACUGGUCUCGAACUAUUGAGAGGAGGUCUCUGCUUCUUAGCCUGAUCACUUAUGCUCUCCAGUCUCCUCCAGUAUGUGGGAUGAAAGUAUUCUCUAAUACUUCCCACAAAAUUUUAAAGCUUCAUGAGAUUAAUAAUAAAUAUUUGGAAAGCCUUGAGCUGACUCGUGAUGAAGCAUUAGAUUUGAUUACUAAAGUUGCAGAGGGCAAGCCGUUUGAGAACGAAAAGGUAGAUAUUAUCAGUUUGAUGACCUAUGGGGUCUUCAGCUCAGAAGAUACUGUUCAACUUGAUAUGGUGAGUCGGAUGAUUUCCACGUUCGUAGCUGAUAAGCUCGAGGACAAGCAAUUGCCGAUAAGCUUUCGAGGAGAUGAUUUAGCACUUUUGUCUCAAAUAGUUGCAGAACCUUUAGCCUGGAUGAAUCUUCUGUUUGAGGUCUGUAUCGAGUUCUAUGGGUCCAAGUCAAAGAAUCUCAAGAGGAGUAACAAGGAACUCAUAGGCAAUACAUUUAUCCAGUCAAUUAAAUGUUUGAUUGGUGAGUCCACUAAAAUAAUAGAUGGCAUUGAAGCUGCAUUGAAUAAAGAGCUUGCCGUUCCAUCAACUGGGUGGCAGGAUUUUCUAUCUUCAGGAGUCGAGGAAAAAGAGACUGGUCCAGGGCAGUUUAUCAAAAUUCUAGAGACAAUGUGUGCCUCUUCAAAUGUACCUACUAUUCAAGAUGUAAAAAGAGAGUGGAGCUGCAAAACUGUAAAAGGGGAGAUAUUGUCGGCCCAGAGAAAGACUUUGGAGGGGAUUUAAUGAUCUGCAAAUCGAAGAACCAUCUGAGAGUUUUAAAAAAGAGGAAACUUUAAAAAUGUGUUUUGAAAUUAUAACCUUCUAAGUUCAGAAGUAGCUAGAGUUUCGACAGUAGGACGGAUAAUAAUCUUUUUGUGUACAUAUAAAAAUGUGUAGCUUCAAAUUAACCAAGGUUGCAACUUCA